UACUGCCACGCCAGAAACUGAAUCGAACAGUUCCACGCAAAUCGAAAAAGAUAAUCUUAAUGAAGACGUAUCGAGCGACGCUCAGCCUGCACAGACACACACGCUAAAAUCUUCAUUUAUAACAACCUUCAAACUUCAAUAA